UAUAAUUCCUUCAUUAUUAAGAGCAGAUGUGCUGCCUAUUCCCAAAAUGUGAAUUAAUUCCCAAGAACCUCAAUGUAUCGGAUGACUUAGAACCGGCUUGUGGACAAUGGUUUUAUAUAGGAUAGGUACUGGUAACCCUACUGGGUAACUGACAGCGAGAACAAAUGUCAACCGAAUUCGAAACACGCAGGGAAUUUUCUCAUCAGUCUUUGCGACGUUAUUGGCCCAAGCGGUUCACAAAACGCCAACCGUUUAAUCCCAACAGCGAAAAUCAAACAUACCUCGAAUAUCUUCAAAUCGAACAGUAUCUCGGCGAAGGGGUUUCGGACGAGGAGGAUGAGGAGGAGGAGGGGAAUGAAGUUGAAGCUGAAGAGGAAGAUGGCGCAUCGUGUGAGGAUGAUGGGUCUUCAAAUGCGCCGGAGGAUGACGUCAACGAGCAGUCUAAAGCCGCCGAUGCUAGCAAUCAGAUAAGCGAUGUCAGACGCUUUAUGAGAGGGAUGGAAAGGGAUGAGGAUUUCCUGGAUGAUUACGAUAUGGUUGAUGAGGUGGCGAAAUUUUGUGAAGGAGGAUCUGAUGGGCCCUUUCGAGCACGUGAAAAACAUGUGGCAAUUCUGGACGAAAGAAACAUUGCCGGUACUAUCAUCGACAAGGGAGGAUACUGCAGGACAAACUUAGAGCCUUUGACCUUGGAACAGUUAUUCGACAAGUUGAGCAGAAAGCGCCUUCGAGUUGAGUCUGACUCGACUAACGCAUUCGAUGAUGAGGAAAUUGACGCGGAGAGGAGAAUAGUUUUCAUCUCUGAUUUGGACUCAUUCACAAUUCAGGCCAUUAUAAAAACGGCAUCACGCACCCAAGCCCCGGCUUUAAGGGAUCUUUUUCACAAGUACCUGACGCGUAAAGCAUCUAUAGGUGUUACUAUAUCAAACGGGUUCCCCGUCUUUACUCUCGAGUUACAUAUGCCAUACUAUGUAUUAGGAAAAAGCAAAACGGCAAGCAGAGAUGCUCGAAGGAAAUCUGAUGGCAGUCCCUUAAGACAGUCACGGAAAUUAGACUUCCUGUCCAGGUCUCUAGAUGCAUCGAAAGGUUCAAACCCAACAGAUCAGCACUACUGGCUACAUGAGGCCCAGAUUUCAAUUGUUGUAACGGGGGUUAACAAUUGGGUGUGGACUGCCUAUGGAUUUGUCGAUACUUAUUUUGGGUCCAAGGGGACAGUGGAAGACUACGAUAAAUUGAAGGGACGACACUGGGAACGAGAAGACCCUCUUGCGGCUGGGCGGCUGAACGGUGGUGAGCCCAUAUGGACGCCUAGAGAAUACUUCUUGAGAGUGGCUCAAAGCCGCAUACGAGAGGUUCUGAAGGAAUGGAACCGGAUAGUCCGCACGGUUACGGAAGAGGUAGAAGGGUCCAGAGAUCUGGUAUACAGCUCGUCUAAGAUUACAGCUCAAAAGUUAGAGUUUCUAGAACGGCGGAACAGUCAAAUGGCAGCUCUUUCAACGCAACUGAUCGGUGGUCUUUCUGAGACCAUUCAAGCAUGGGAAGGAUUCCGGACAACAGAGGCCAACUAUUUUCUUUUUGAUGAGGUUUCAACUGCCGAACCAUCCCUCGAAGCCUCAUUGAACGCUAUUGAUAAAGAGUUUUCGAAAUUAAUGCCGGGUCUACGGAAGUUAGAGCAAUUGAAGAAAGAACUGUGCGACCGUAGGGAGGGUCUCAAUGCUUAUCUGAGUCUCGAUGGACGCGCCGCUGCCAGGCAGCUCCAGGACCUCACUGUUCUCGCCAUAGUAUUCUCUCCUCUACUUAUUACCUCGGCCCUGUUCAGCGCCACGGGAGUGCUACCUUCCCCGGGCCUGGGGAAGUUCAUAUAUGUGUUGGUUGUCGUCACGGGCACAAUGGUGGCGAUGCUCCUAGUCUUAUACCACUGGCGAUACUGCUUACAGCGAGGGGUUGACUAUAUGCAAAGCGCAGUUAGUUCUUUCAAUGAACUACUGAAUGGAAACAGGAUUUCCAGCGACGCUGAGUCGUGGGACAUUGAGAAGGGGCCAUAGAAGGCGAAAGUAGGGUAAGCUUUCGAC